GCCGCCGAACGGCUGCGCGUUCACGCACAGUCACACACGCACAGGCGCGUUUCUUCGGCGUGCAGUCGUCGGCGGGCUCGCAACGGAGAGCGCGCGCAAUCUUUCUCUACACGCCGGCUCUUUGUGCGCGAGAACGUGCACGCCUCGUGUUGUGUGUGUAUCGCGCAGCCGAGCGUCCGUGCUCUUGUGCGGUGCUCGGCGUUCCACGUUGUAUCGCACUGCAUGAUACGGCGUUGAGUUCUAGUGUCCUGUGCGUCCUUCGGCCGGAGAUAGCGGUUUAUCUCUACGAGUGCGCGGCCCUCAAAAGUGCCAAGCCCCCCCGAGUGAUUUGAGCGGUCGUGCCCGAGAAAGCGGAGUGUUCGUACUACUGAACUGCUUUUUUGUGCGACACCAGUGAUCUGUGGAUAACGGCACGGGGUGUUGCCUCGUGGUCGAGCUGACAGAACGCAGCGAGCAGUUUUAAUUUUAUCGUGGUUAGGUUGUCCGAGUUUUGGUGAGGGACGCGCUUUCGCCGGCGCCCUCACCACCGCAUUCUGCCAGCAGGAUGAACUACAUUGGCCGGAUAAUCACCAACGUGCGGGAAUUCUGCAACGAGAUCAAUUCGGCUACGCUGACGGGGGCCAUCGACGUGGUGGUCAUCGAGCAGCCCGAUGGGUCCUUCGCCACUUCACCCUUCCACGUGCGGUUCGGCAAGAUUGGCGUUCUUCGGAGUAGGGAGAAAAUUGUUGACAUUGAGAUUAAUGGAAAGCCUGUAGAUAUUCACAUGAAGCUUGGGGAGUCCGGCGAGGCAUUCUUCGUUGAAGAAGUCACUGAAGAAUCGGACCAAGUACCAAUUCACUUGGCAACGUCCCCGCUACCCGACUGCCAUGACAUUGGCGAGGAAUUGAACAGGCUCAAGGCAGCCCUCAGCCAGCAGCUGGAUAACAACAGCCGGCCCGACUGCCUCAUACAGGCCGAGUUCACGGUGGGUACAGACACCAACGACGAGCUGCCGACCAUCACCGGCACUACACCGGUGACGCCGAUUCCUUCGGCUCCUAUGACCGAGCAGCGGCGGCUCUCCACGACUCGGAUUCACAAGCCAUCUCCCAUCCUGGCAUCGCGGCAACAACCACAGGAGUCUAUCGGCGUACAGACUGAGGCGGCCAUCACUGGUUGUGAGGACGACGAAGAGGACAGGGCUGAACUAGUGGACGAAUCAAAGUAUGCCGUGCCAAGCAGCCAGCAUAACCAGCAGCAGCAGCCACAGCAGCAUCCAGGCAAGAGGAGGCGAAAGAAGAAACACCCCAUUCGGCGGCGCUCGCGCAUCAACGAGGACCCGCACAGUCGGACAUCCACGCCUGCCACCGACGAUCAGGACAUCUUUCAGAUGGACAGCGACUUCGAGGAAGAGCGCAGUGGAAGCACUGCUAUCGGCGUCACCGCGCCGUCGUCGUCCUCGCCCUCGCCGCAGAUGACGCCGUCGACUUCCACGGCUGCGGUUGCCAUGUUUAUGAGUCGGUCGGUCACCAUGCCGGCAGACAUUAACGCGGCGCGUGAGGAGUGGCAGCGUACCAUGACACCCAAGAGGCUGUCAGUGACAUUUCCCGCUGGCGGCGGGGCGUUCCAUCCAUACAGUGACGGAGACAUAACUCCACCACGCAGCCCUCACAACUCGAGGCCCUCGAGCCCCAAGUCCGACACGGAGUACGAGAACCAGAUGAUGGACGCCAACAGCCAGACGGAGGAGAACACCAUCAGCUGGACAUGGGGCGAGCUGCCGCACAUUCCGAAUGCGUCGCGGUUCUCCCAAGAGGAGAUCAGUGCGGCGACGUCCGCCAUGAACAGUGGCGUCCUCAGGCUCUCUAGGGACGCCCAGGAUGCCAAGCACCUGGGCCCUCUGUCCUCGGAUGAGGAGGACGCCACUGAGAAGCUGGUUGGGGAAGGUGGCAAGCCCUCGAUGCUGGGUGGCGUGCUAAGCUUCAUGAAGCCGACAAAAAAGCAGAAGGAGGAGACUGUGACGGCCAAGGACGGGAUCUUCCUAGACGACCUCGACCCUAGGGAACUAGACCCUGAGGUUGCGGCCCUCUACUUUCCAAAGUUUAGGUCAGCGAACUCGCCGAGAGGCAAAGACGACGACGCCGAGUCCGGCAACGGGCCGUCGUUGUCCCAGUCUCCCAACAGCGACACAGGCGCCGGCCACAUGACGACGCUGCACUGCCUCGACAGUGACACGGAGGAACGGCACAGCAUGUUCGACUUCUGCAGGCACAAGUACUCGGACCUUGCCAUGUCCCUGUGCGGAGGACUCCAGGACUGCGAGAAGUCCAUGAUGGAGGAGAAGUUUGCUCACUUCCUGAUCACGUACGACACCUUCUGCGAGAACCCGGACGUGCUCAACAACCCGGACCUUGUCAUUCGUAUGGGCGGAAAGUAUUACAACUGGAGUGCCAUUGCGCCGCACCUGAUGUCCCUCGCCAUGUUCCAGAGGCCCUUGCCAGAGAAAACGCUGGACAGGCUGACAGACAUCCACAUGCCCAAGAAGAAGAAGAAGGCGACCUACUCGUGGUGGUCGUGGGGCCGAACUGGAGGAGCCAAGCCUGAUGGCGUCAAUAAGCCAGACUCUCAGCAUAGCGACGAGAACUUGGGUGUCAGCGACGGCAGCGAAGGCCUGGACGUCAUUGUGAAGGCACCAGAACCUGUCGUUGCUCCGUGCAGAGAUGAAGUGAUUCUCAUCGAACCCCCUCACUCCAUACCACUCGACAAAAUUGAAGUGUCACGCGAGUGCAAGGAGGAGCAGUACGCGUCGACGUCGAGCGAAGCGGAGACCUCUGACACACAUGGCAGGGCGAGUUCUGAGCACCGCAAGGUGCCCAGGGAGAAGCGGCCCUACUUCUGCGACAAGUUCAAGAAGUCCCUUCGCCUCUCGUCCGACGAAAUUGCCAGCCUGAACCUGAAGAGUGGGCGCAAUGAGGCUGUGUUCAGCGUCACCACGGCAUAUCAAGGCACAACACGCUGUAUGUGCCACAUCUACCUGUGGCGCCAUGACGACAAGAUUGUCAUUUCGGACAUUGAUGGCACCAUCACAAAGUCUGACGUGCUGGGCCACAUCAUGCCCAUCCUGGGCCGAGACUGGGCCCAGUCUGGGGUGGCCAAGCUGUUCACCAAGAUCCACGCCAAUGGUUACCAGUUCCUGUACCUGUCGGCGCGCGCCAUUGGCCAGGCGCACCUGACACGCGAGUACCUGCGCAGCGUGCGCCAGGGGGACCUCUGGCUGCCCGAUGGACCCCUGCUGCUGUCGCCCACCUCGCUCAUCAACGCCUUUCACAAGGAGGUGAUUGAGAAGAAGCCGGAGGAGUUCAAGAUCAGCUGUCUCCGGGAUAUCCAGACGUUGUUCAACGUUACUGGGAACCCAUUCUACGCUGGAUUUGGCAAUAAGAUUAACGACACGUUGGCCUAUCGUGCGGUGGGCAUUCCCGUCUCGCGCAUCUUCACCAUCAACCCCAAGGGAGAGUUGAAGCUGGAGCUGAUGCACAACUUUCUCUCCUCGUACCACUGUCUCAGCGACGUCGUGGACCACGUCUUCCCGCCGCUGCACAACACCUUCGAGAUGGGCGGCUGCGGGGCACAGUCGUUCUCGGCAUGCGAGGAGUUCAGCUCAUUUACCUACUGGCGGGACCCGAUAGCGCCUGUCGAGAUCAACAUUGAAGAAGAGCCAAUGAGCAGCAAGCCCAGCGGCAAGCCCACCAGCAAGCCCACCAAGUGAGGCGGAGGGAGGCACGCUUAUUGCACCAGCCGCUGUGUGUGGUCGGCUGCCCCCUUCUCCUUACACGGGUAUCGCCAAUGUCUGUCUAGUCGCCGGGUUCUCUCACUCACAGUCACCCAUACGCCAUCCCCUCUUCUUCUAAGCCAGCCAAGAAGUCGGCCAGGCGACCAGCACCAAAGACUCACUCUGUCCUCUUUUUCGCCAUUCUCCCUCACUUCACUGUCCUGCCAUUCGCCAGCAUCCUCUGUCAUCGUCGUCGAUGAAAACGUUGCACAGCCGCCGAACGAAGAUGUGAACAAAUCGUAGUCUGCAAUGAUGGAGGCCUAUUCGUUCGUUCUGUGAUACUUGGUUUGUUUGUUUAUUUCUGUAGUUUUUUCUUCUUGCCUUCUUCUUUCGCUCCCAUUGUCAGAACGAGUGGCGAAAAAAGAAGGAACUUCGAAGCAGCCCGUAGGAGUUUAGAAGGGCUGGACCUUUCUGGACCUUAGGGUUGCUAAACUAACGCGAGAAGCCUGUCACUGAAUGCGCAAUUAAUAUAUAAUUGUUCUCUGCCCCAUUUUCCUAGGAUCGUAGAAUUUAUCUGCAGUAACGAUUUAAGAACAGUCGUGGUUCUUUAUGGAAUUUAUUACAAGACAGUCCCAGCAAAGGAUUUGAAUGCCUUGCAUCUCUCAUUCUGACUUGGAAUAUAGGAUCACGUGAAGCAUUUAGCAAAUGACAUAUAUUAUCACACGCCACAUUCUGACUGUACAUUGUAGCAAUGCAAGUCAUAAAAACAGAGGAUUACUGUCGUAUUCUUUUUUUGUUGAUGUAUCUUUACUGUGUCUUCAAUGGCUACAAAGAGUUUCUGAUCCCUUUGAAAAUAUUUGUCAAAUUUCAUCAGAUUGUGCUCACACAACUUGGCAUGUCAGCAGCAUUGUUGCAGUUUGCCAAAAGCUGUUGUUGCAACACUUGUUUUUCCUUUUUUUUUCUUCUCUUAUCAUCUCACUACUUAUUUCCACUCAAGGUAGAUCCUUGAGGUACUGUUUUCAUUAUUUAGUUGAUAUAUAAAUUUAUGUGUUAUCUAGCGUAAUAAUCAGCCACGUGCGUUUCAUCCGGUGCUUUCGGUGUGCAUACUCGCAUUUAUUUAAUAGACAGUUUUAGUUUAGCGUGCUUAGCGCAAUAGCGAGUAUACUGGAAUAGUGGGCUAGAAAUGCCCAUGCGCAGAACACUAAACGACGCAUAAUGUUUAGUGCAGGCACGCUAUUUUUCAGAUUUAACAUUCGCUAGCUUCGCGUUGUUCACACAAAUAAAGUGGCAACAUGGCACCUGUCCCGGCUGCCUGCUUUGAACCGAAUUUGGCGUUGCUGUUGUAGCAUUGACUUCGUUUGUCGAAAUUAGUGUGUAGAAUGGCUUUCGCUUAGUAUUAGGCCGCUUCGACGACAUAGUAUCAUGGAUAAUUUUGUGGCAUAUUUUAGAUAAUUUUCGAGCUUCUCAUUUCGAACGCUUCGAGGCCUAGCUAGAGAAACGUCUAGGAUGGCAAUGCCAUCCAUCAGCGAGGUUGAGAACUAGGCGCGACGGCACAUGGCCUCAGCGAUGUGGCGAUCUCGGUAGUGUAGAUCUCGCUAUACUAAAAUUCGCGUUCUCCAAAAUUCGUUUGCGAACGGCAGUGCUAUUUCCCGGCUAUUAUGCUAACGUUAAACUAUAACUGUCUAAUGUUUUGGUUCCUUGUUAACUACUGUGUUGUUUCCACCAUGUGAUGUGCUCAUUUUGGCACCUUAGGAGAGAGUAGUAUAUAAUAAAUAUGGUCCUCGCAGUUUAAAAACUGCUUUGCUUAAUUAAAUGAAGUAUCAGGGUCAAUGAACGAUAUGUGAGAGCUGUAGUCUUUCUCCAAACUGCUGACGAGUUAUUUUUAUAUGUAUACUUUUUAUUGCUUUUUUCUGUGAAGAAGUCAUGUUCCAUUCCUUGUCCAAAAGUCAACGCGAGGCUGGUACCUGUGUCUGACUAUCAUUUAUAGUAUUCCGUUAUUUGUUCACAAAAGUGCAGAGAUGUUUGUAUGUUCUUUUUCUUGCGAGUCUAGGAUUGUAUGUUGGUAGCCGUAGCACUGUUUUUCUUUAUUGAUGGAGCAUGUUUAUUAGUGUAAAUAUUUGCAACUUGCAAGGACAUGCAUUGUUCCAUGCCCAGUGAUGUACGGUGAACCCGUUUUCCCUUCCCAACCACUACUUCGGUGUGUUAUGUUUCUGUUAAUAAAUGUUGUUAUUACAAACCCA